AUGAGGGAUCUUCCCAGGGAAAGUCCAAACGAAUCCGAGAAUCUUGUCUGCUAUUUUCGCAUGGGAUAUCCAAGCAGACAGACCUGCAUGAAACGUCUGGCUUCGGUGGCUUGCGAGAUUGCAAGACCGUCAGGAUGGAGAGAGUUCGAGUAGCUCCAAUGAUCACGGUUCCAAUCUAUGUUCCAACUGAAGAGAUUGAUCAGAGGAAUGGAGGCUGUGGAGUAAUCUUUGAAAACAAGCUGUAUGUGUGGGGAGGCAAUACUGCAGACGUCCGCAUCUUGAAGCCCGUUGAGGACAGUGACUCCAGCUCCAAUUCUGAUAAUGAUGACUCGGACAAAGAAGACAUUAAUGUUAACCUCCCUGUCCCUGUCCCUGUCUCCCUCCCUCGUUCAAACGAUAAGAAUCAUCCGUUUGACGUUUUAGACCUCACCACAAACAAGUGGUUUCGGCAGUCGACCAGCGGAGAGUACCCCACUCUUGGCCUUGGCUCCUCCCUUAGUGUUCAUCACCCCUCACGUAACAUCAUCCUGUUCAGUGGGUUUAAAAAAUACUUUCAAUUUGACAACGAGGUUUACAAAGUGUCCCCUGACAGAGAGUGGGUGUGGGAAAAAGUGGAGGUGAUGCCUGAAGUAAAGCCAAGGGAGCGUUACCUGAGUGGAGUAAUCAUCCACAAGGAUCGGAUGUGCGUGUUUGGAGGAGUGGGGAGGGCCAGUCGUAAGGUAGGGAAUCCCCUGCAACCUCAGGACCCAGGGGCCAAGUAUCUCGCCUACGUGGAGGACGAAAUUGAACGUGACUAUGGAUGGACCAGCGAGUACCUGGAGUUUGACAUUAACACAAGUGAAUGGGAGGCCCCAUUGGACAAAGACGCAUUCCGACCUGAUCCGCUAGGAUCUCAUGCAUUCUCCAAGUUUGACAGUCAUCGAGCUGUCCUGUUUGGGGGAAAUGGCUCUGCACUCGUGUACUCCAACACAUGCUACAUAUUUGACUUUGAUAGCAGGAAAUGGAGUGGUCCAUACAAGCCAGACGACCCAGAGGAGCCGUGGCCGAUAGCCACCCGGUUCUCCACCCUCACGUCUCUAGUUGAUCCUGAAAACGUGUGGCAGAAGAUGUGUGGUCAAAUCCUGCAGCCGAGGAUGGUACUCCUCUGGGGCAAGAGUAGUAAACUGCACAUCUCACCAGAGACCUGGCUGCUCGAGUUUAACUUUGACAACCCAAAUCCCUUAGUCUGGAAAAAGUUGAAGAUUGGUGUGGAGCCUCGCUCGUGGCACAUUGCCAAGGCAGUCUACUCAAACAAAACUACCAGCUGUGAGCUUGUUAUCUUUGGAGGGAACGUGUACAAGUACCCAAUCACUGACAUGUUUCAUAGGGACAACGUAGCCAACCUCACAAUACUCCACUUUGGUCUGGCUAGUCUAGAGGAGCUGUGUCUGCGUGUCAUAGUGAGCAGAGAUGAGCUGAUGAAUGUGGCCGAGGGAAGCUAUGGGUCUGGCUACAAUGCCAAACUCAUUAGAGCACAUUCAAGACACACCAACUGCCCCCUCACUACAGACAUCACUUAUUUGUAUACUUGAUUCAAUCCAUGCUUCGCACACAUGUACAGCUGUUUGCAUAGACACAAUCAUUCACUACAUUACCCAUACAAUGUUGUUGUGCUGCCUCUCGGCAUGUUUUGCUUUGAUCAAACACUUUCGAGUGCAUAUAGAAGCGG